UCAGUAGCUGAUAGCUUGUGACAGCUGAGGAGCUGAGGCCACACCAAAGCGUCACAUCCUCCGCCAUUUCUCUUUUAGAGUAACAGUGUUAAUACAGUCAGUUCAGUUCUGCUGUGGGAGAGGACCAGGACUCCCCUCCCUCCUACUGAAAUAUCACAUCAAACCAUAACAAGAUGGCCUCCUUGUCAGUGGAUCCAGUGACGGAGCCACGGAUGUACCAGCAAACGCUCCUACAAGAUGGGCUCUGUGAUCUCCUGGAUGCUAACAAGUUUGUGGACUGUGUUCUGAAGAUCAAAGACAAAGAGUUUCCUUGUCAUCGGCUAGUACUAGCCGCUAGCAGCCCUUACUUCAAAGCCAUGUUCCUUUCAGACCUGGAAGAGAGCAAAAAGCGGGAGAUUGUUCUAAAAGACAUCGAACCUGGAGUCAUGGGAAUGAUCCUGAGGUACAUAUAUACCUCAGAUAUCAACCUGACUGAGCAUAAUGUCCAAGACAUUUUCAUGGCGGCCAACAUGUACCAGAUUCCAUCAAUCUUCAGCGUGUGUGUCUCGUAUCUGCAGCAGAAGCUGGUUCUUGGUAACUGUCUGGCCAUCUUUAGACUGGGACUGUUGCUGGACUGUCCACGUUUGGCUAUGGAGGCUCGGGACUUCAUCUGUGACCGGUAUGCCCUCAUCAUUCGGGACCAGGACUUCCACCAGUUGGGUCCCAGCGAGUUGGCGGCUAUCAUCACAUGUGACUCCCUGAAUGUUGAACGAGAAGAGUUGGUGUUUGAAUCUCUCAUGGACUGGGUGGAGUACGACACAGGCGAGAGAUUGAAAGACCUGCCGCAACUUCUACACUGCGUACGUUUCCGUCUUAUACCGACGAGUUACUUUAAAGAGAAAGUCGAGGGCCACAGAUUGAUCAGGAUGAAUCAGGAGCUCAAGAAGGAGCUUCAGAUCGUCAAGGAUGCACAGAAAGGAGUGCUACACAGGGUCAAAAGGGUCAAAAAUGAAGAUGGGACAGCAGAUUCUGAAGAUGAGGAUGAGGAGGGUUUGCUGCCGGGAAUCCUAAAUGACAAUCCACGUUUUGGAAUGUUUCAAUCAGACCUUUUAUUGAUGAUAAGCGAUACAGGAACGGUAGCAUAUGAUGUUGGUGCAAACGAGUGCUACUUGGCAUCUUCAUCCACCGAGAUCCCCAAGAACCACUGCAGUCUUGUCACAAAGGAAAAUCAGAUCUUUGUUGCUGGAGGUCUGAUGUACAACGAAGAGAACAAAGAACAGCCGUUCAGUUCCUACUUUCUUCAGUUUGAUCCCAUGAGCUCUGGAUGGUUGGGGAUGCCCUCACUACCAGACCCUCGGUGUCUGUUCGGUCUGGCGGAGGCUGACAACUCCAUCUAUGUGGUGGGAGGAAAAGAGCUGAAGGAGGGAGAACGUGCGCUAGACUCUGUUAUGAUCUACGACAGACAGUCAUUCAAAUGGGGAGAGUCGGACCCUCUUCCAUAUGCAGUUUAUGGACAUGGAAUUGUUUCGCACAAAGGACUGGUCUAUGUGAUCGGUGGAAAAACUGAGAGCAAGAAAUGCCUGAGGAGAGUAUGUGUCUAUGACCCCUCUAAGUUUGAAUGGAAGGAUCUGGCACCCAUGAAAACCGCCCGCUCGCUAUUUGGCACUGCUAUUCACAAAAACAAAAUCUAUGUGGUGACUGGAGUCACUGAUAACGGCCUGACUAGCAGUGUAGAGGUCUAUGACAUCGCCAGCAACUCCUGGUCAGAGUUUGUGGAGUUUCCUCAGGAGAGAAGCUCUCUUAACCUGAUCGAACUGGGCGGCUGCUUGUAUGCUGUAGGGGGUUUUGCUAUGAUGCCCAAUGAGACCACAGAAAAACUGGAGCCCACUGAAAUGAAUGACAUAUGGAAGUUUGAGGAGGAGGAGAACUGCUGGAAUGGGAUCCUGAGGGAGAUUAGUUAUGCUGCAGGGGCCACAGUAGUUGGAGUGAGUCUGAACACCUUGAGAUUCACAAAGAUGUGAUCUACAGCUGUCUUCUAUUGAUAAAAUACACAGUAAACAAUGUCAGCCACAUCUUCAUAAAAGAGCAAUACAUAUUCCAUUGAAUCAUUUGUCACAGACUUUGCUUAAUGUUGAUAUAGUUAGUUUGUGAUAGAUAUUAAGGUACUGUAUGUAAUAGAGCAGUGUAUGAUGCUGCUGUUCCAAGAAAACUCAGCAGAUGGAGACAAACACAAGACCAUCUAUUUUUUUUUUCAUAAGAAUGCUUUGUUAUUUAGAUGCUGAACAAUUUGACUUAUUUAAAUAACCAUGUACAUUGAUUUCUAUCAUUCUAUUAUGUUAUUUUAGAUGACAACUACAAUUGAACAUUUCGCAAUUAUGACCAAGUACAAUGUUCUUACAUUCAAAAAAGAGAAAUAAAUGGCAGUGACUGAACAAUAACCUAAUAUACUGUAGACAAUGACCAAACUAAAAAACACGAACAACAAAACACAAUCGUCUGUGGUAAAAGUCAACACAAAUAUUGUCAUACACCCUCCAAAGCCACAUGAAAAUAAAAAAGUAAAGGUGAAAGAAUACAAGGAUUUUCUAUUCUGUAUGCCAUCUUUUUUUCAUGUUGAUACUACUUGACAUCAUGACUUUCAUGAUGGGUCCUGGAUGGAGCUUCAGAGUCAUUUUUUCAUCAUGAAUAAUAAACAGCUAGUGCUGCGAACACAAACACUCUGGAACAAAGAGAUCUGAACACCUCUCAGGUUUUGGAAUGUUGUGCAUAGACCAAAAUAUUAAUGUAAUUACAUAGACAGAAAUGAAAACAUUACAGCAAUAAAAUAAGACUGCAAUACCCAAUUCAUAAAAAAAAUAUUGCUGUGUAAAAACAUUUACAGAUCUGAAACUACAAGAUUCUUGUCUACAAGUGCAAAAAUGACCAGUUAAAAACAAUAAAAAAUAGAUUUUUCAUUUAGAAGAUCAAACAUUAGAGUCUGCGUGAGACUGUGAGAAAUGGAUAAACACUAAAUAGUGGAGAACAACUGAUUUUUUUCAUUAUUAAUAUAUAAUACAGUCUCUACCAAUUCACCUGUUAAAUGGCUGCUGUAGUGUUUCUGACCUACAUGUUCAGCCUAAACACAUUAAUCUAAACAUCACCAAAAACACAAACCAUCAAGGUUUCUGAAUACUUGACUCAUAAGUGUCCAUCUGUUGACAAAUUGUAGUCAUUCACAAUUUAGACAAAGAUGGAGAAUCAGUUGAAUUAGAUUUUUAAGGUGCUUCUGAACAAAUACAACAAAAAAUUAUGACAGAAAUAAUAAAACUAUGACAAAAUGUAAGGCCUAAACAAAUAUCUAUAAAACCCCUUACACCAACAAGCCAGUAAAGUGCCAUAAACAGAAUCCACUGACUGCACAUUUCCACCACUAACAAGACCUGCGUUACUCACUUAUAAGUCUCUCACUAUAUAUAUCAGGUCAUCACCCCAAACAUAAAUAGUGCUAACUAACAAACUUUUACAUAAAGCAUCUAAACCGAAAGCUAUAUAAACCGAAUAUGCUGUUGUCUAUUUAUCAUUCUCCUAAUAUACUGUACAUAAAGCAUAUAUGUCUUACAUUUUGCAUUCUACAUCUAGGUAAUAGUUUUAGUAUCAUACAUACUUAAUACUUUUUGCCUAACUAGGUUUAUCAUAGCACAGAGGGCUCAUUUGAUAAGGGAACGGAAGGGAUAUUAGAGAAUAUGACGUGAAAUCAAAGUAAGUCUAACAUGAUAUCCCAGACUCUU